GCCGUCGUGGUGUCCGCCGGCGGCGAUGACGGCGCGAGCGGGAGAGAGGGCGGCGGCGGCUUGCCUUCCGUUGCGCGCUCCCUCCAGCCUUCCAACCUGUUGCACCGCAGCACGGCGCGAGAGGGAGGGAAGGAGGGGGUGAGCAUUCUUCGUUCCCCACCCGUACGUCUCUCUCCCAAGUUCCUCCUCAGCGCCAUACAAUCGAGUAUAUUCAGCUGCCCCCAUCGGCAAUGCUCGCGUGUGGGAUCCCUCUUCUCAACUUGGCCGACUGAUACGUCAGUUUAUGAGGAUUUCAACUUCAACGGCGGCAAGGAUUGGUUUGGCAGAAUCGGUUUGUUGACACUGGCAUCGGCCACUGCCUUGGUUUGGAGACUCAUUCUCAGUGCAGUUCCAAGUUCAUUGAUAUGGCUUGUUCGUUCUUCUACUAUCACCUGCCUUGGUGCACUGCGAGCUGAUGGGGUUAGUUGUCGCGGCAGCAGCUGAGGCUGCAAUAGGAUGGGUGGUGCAAAGCUUCCUCGAAAGUUUCUUCACUGGACAGAUGCAAGCGUGGACUCGUGAAAUUGGCCUUGCUGAAGAAGUGGAGGAACUUGAGACGGAGAUGAGGAGCAUCCAGAUGGUGCUCGCAGCCACUGAGAGUAGCAAGAUUGACAACAUGCCACUGUCUGAGUCGCUUGAUGAGCUAAAAGAGCUGCUUUAUGACGCUGAGGAUGUGAUGGACGAGCUUGACUACUACCGGCUCCAGCAACAGAUUGAAGGUGGGAAAGGUUCUAGUUCUGCUACUAGUACUAACCUUGAGGGAAGUUGUGUGUCUUCAUCCACUCCAUCUUAUUUUCAACAAGUAUGCAGCAUCAUGAAUCAUAGUAUUAGUUGGGUUAUGCAUGGAACAAAAAGGAAAAGAGAGGGAAAGGAGGAGCCAACUCAUAGCGCCGUGCUUCCUCUUGAGACUAAACAUGAUAUUUCUAAGAGGAUCAAUGAAAUAGUGGAUCGUUUACGCACUAGGGGCAAGCCUGUGCAAGGGAUUCUUCAGCUGGAGAUUUUACGCCAAAUUGCAAUGCCAAAGCAUAGUCAGAGUGAACCUAGGAAGCUUCGCCAGACAACUUCUCUUCCAGUUGAACACAAGGUUUAUGGGAGGGACAAAGAGAGGGACAAGAUAAUAGAGUUGUUGACAAAGUUGGAAUCUAGCGAUCUAGGUGUUCUGCCAUUAGUUGGAGUUGGUGGUGUUGGGAAAACAGCGCUUGCUAGAUUUGUAUACCAUGAUCAAAGAAUUAAAGAUCAUUUUGAUUUGAGAAUGUGGGUUUGUGUAUCCGAUAGGUUCAAUGAAAAGAACCUUACACAUGAGAUGCUAGAGCUCGUAUGUAAAGAUAGACAAGGUUACAAACAUAUUACCAGUUUUGAUGUGCUACAGAGGACCCUUCGGAAGGAAAUUAGACGCCAAAGGUUUCUUCUCGUAUUGGAUGAUAUGUGGGAAGAUGGGGACAUGCGUGGAUGGGAUAAGCCGCUAGCUCCGCUGAAAUGUAACGAAGCAAAUGGCUGCAUGAUUUUAGCAACAACUAGAAGGGCAUCAGUUGCAAGAAUGAUAGGAACAAUGAGUAAGGUUGAAGUGAAUGGUUUGGAUGAAACAACCUUUUGGUGCCUCUUCAAGGCAUGGGCAUUUUUCGGUAGUGCAAACCAUGAGAGAGAUCCAACUUUGCAAUCCAUUGGGAAACACAUUGCUAAAGCAUUAAAGGGCAACCCACUAGCUGCACGGAGUGUUGGUGCACUUCUAAACAGGAAUGUUAGCUUUGAACACUGGAGGAAUGUUCAAUACAGAUGGAAAUCUCUUCUAGAACAUGAUGAUGAUAUUCUAGCCAUCUUGAAAUUUAGUUAUGAAUUUCUACCGGUCCACCUAAAGCAGUGUUUCUCAUACUGCUCUCUGUUCCCGAAGGAUCACAAAUUUACAGGGGAAAAGUUGGUACAUGCUUGGAUAUCACAAAAUUUUGUGAAGUUUGAAUGCCAUUCUAAGAGACUGGAGGAAACUGGGAAGCAAUAUUUGGAUAAUUUAGUUGAUUGGGGCUUCUUCGAAGAGGUUGAGUCACACUAUGUUAUGCACGACCUAAUGCAUGACUUGGCAGGAAAAGUUUCGCAAAAUGAGUGUGCUACGGUAGAUGGAUUGGAAUAUAAGAAAAUUUCACCAGGUGUUCGGCAUGUUUCAAUCAUAACUACUGCCUAUGAUAAACAGGAGCCUUCCAAUUUUCUUACUGAGAAGUUUGAGAAGAUAUUAUGCAGUAUCGGAUCUAUGCAAAAAUUGAGAAGCUUGAUGUUCUUCGGCAAGAAGAGCAUACUUUUAUUAAGAUCCUUACGUGGUUUAUUCAAGGAGUUAAGAAGUUUACGAUUGCUAAGGAUAUAUAUGACAACUGAUGAUAUCAGCGGUACACACAAUUUGUUAAAGCCGUAUCAUCUUCGCUAUCUUGAAUUCUUUGUUUUCGCCACCAAAAAAAAGUUUGGAUAUCGAGACACAGUCAAUGCUUCUAUUCCUCAAGCUUUGACAAAAUUUUAUCACCUUCAGGUGUUGGAUGCUGGUUGUGAAGGCGAUUUUGCAGUACCUACUGGUCUCAAUAAUCUCAUUAAUUUGCGGCAUCUUAUUGCUCAUGAGAAAGUGCAUUCGGGCAUUGCUGGUGUUGGUAAUUUGACCUCUCUGCAGGAACUAAUAUUCAAGGUUCAAGAUGCUGGUAAUUUUAGUAUAGGACAACUUCGAGCCAUGAAUGAGCUCAAAACACUUGGAAUUUCUCAACUUGAAAAUGUGAAAACUCGACAAGAGGCUAACAGUGCAAACUUGGGAGAGAAAGAGCAUCUUGAAGAGUUGUCAUUGUCAUGGGAUGAUAACUACUUGAGCCUUGAACCUAAUUCAGACAAAACAAGAGAUGAUGUCCUUGAGGGUCUUGAGCCACAUCACAACCUCAAACAUCUACAAUUGAUUCGAUACACUGGUGCUACAUCUCCAACUUGGCUUGCUAGCAGGGUUACCUCACUGCAAGUACUCCAUUUAGAGAAUUGCAGACAAUGGAAAAUUGUUCAAUCUCUUGAAAUGCUUCCACUGCUUAGAAAGCUAAAAUUGAUUAGGAUGUGGAACUUGAUAGAAGUCUCAAUUCCUUGUUAUUUGGAAGAGUUGGUCUUAGUUAAUAUGCCAAAAUUGGAAAAAUGUGUUGGCACUUAUGGGCUAGAUUUGAUUUCUGGUAUGAGGGUGUUGAUAGUGAAGGAUUGCCCUCUACUAAACGAGUUCACGCUUUUCCAAAACGACUAUUUUCAUGCUGAGCAGAAGUCAUGGUUUUUGUCUCUCAACAAACUCACAAUCGGUCAUUGUCAUCAUAUAAUAGCGUGGAAGAUCCUUCCGCUUGAAGAAAUGCAAGCACUCAAGAAGCUUGAGUUGAUGGAUGUGCCUAUUGUUGAAGAAUUGUCAGUUCCUUCUCUGGAGAAGUUGGUGUUGAUUCAAAUCCCAAGGUUGCAAAGUUGCAACGGGAUAACAACUGCUCCAUCUCCACAGUUUUCGACUUCCCAAGGAGAUCAAAGGGAAUUGGUAUGUAGUCUCCGGGAACUCACUAUCAAUGAUUGCCCCAGUUUGAUAGUGCCGUUUCCUAUCCCGCCUUCUUCUCUGAUUUCAUUCUUAUCCAUCAAGGGACUUCCAUCAUUUCCAACAAUGGUGAUAAAUCAGAGAGUUCUCACAAUCGAAUCUAAUGAGUUGAGUGAGCUCGAUGGCAGGAUCUUACCAUUCCAUAAUCUGAACGGAAUAAUAUGGCUAAACAUACGGCAUUGUCCAAACUUGACCCGUAUUUCAAUAGAUGGUUUCAGCAAGCCACACGUUAUGUCAAAGCCUGUUCAUGAUAACAGUAUACCCGAUACGAGUUACCCUGUCUUCUCAUCUCUCACUUCUCUCACCAUUCAGUCGUGUGGGAUAGCAGGUCAGUGGCUAGCUCUAAUGCUUCCUCAUUUGCAGUCUCUUGAGAACUUGGAGUUAUGGGGCUGUCCACAGAUAAAAUCCUUAUCAAUAAGUCAGUCUACAAAAAUGGAAGCACCGCACAGUUUGGCUUCAGCAGAGACAACCUCAGCCAGGGCUGAAUACCUUCUGCAAAUUCCUUGUAGUCUCCUCCGUACUCUGAAACGGUUAAUUAUUUGGGCAUGCCCCGACCUGGAGUUUUAUGGAGUCAAUGAAGGAUUUAGAGGAUGCACCUCUCUUGUGGAGCUACAAAUCAGGGAUUGCCCCAAGCUGCUCCAAUUAUUGGUGAGGGAACCCACUGAUAAUUAUCUACUCCCAAUAUCACUUCAGUAUCUCACAAUGAGUCCUCUCCCAGCAAACAUGCAGUUCUUCUCUGCUGAUGGCCUAACUCGCCUCACAAUGUUAAGCCUAUUUUGCAGCUCAUAUUUGAAGUGUGUGCAGCUUCAAUCCUGUACAGCAUUAGAGUGUUUGCAAUUAAUUGAGUGUCAACAGCUGAGUGUAGUGGAGGGCCUACAACACCUCAGCUCCAUUAGAAGGUUGGAUAUCGAUAUGAAUCAUGACCUGUUAGCGCUAUGGGAUCACAAACUGCAGGAGCAAGGACAGGUUGGACUGCUUCCUCUGUCACUUGAACAUCUUGUUAUCUCAAAUCUCGAAGGCAGUAUCCAUCCCCGCUUUCUAUGCCUCCCAUCUAUUAUGAAUUUAAGACUGCGAGAUAGUCCAGAUUUGAAGUCUCUGCAGUUAGGAUACUGCACAGCUCUGGUAGAUUUGGCAAUUUCGGGCUGCAAAACGCUUGCAUCGAUCGAGGGCUUCCAGUCCAUUAGAAACCUUAGGUCCUUGGUAAUAGAUGACUCCCCCAGCAUAUAUCCAUUUCUUGUGCAGCAGCAAGGGGCGUCUGACAUCUGGUCGCAGCUGGAAACUCUAAUGAUUGAUGACUCCUCUGUCCUUUCCGUGCCCCUCUGCAAACGUCUCAAGUCUCUACGAUUCUUAGAAUUAGAUGGGGAUGGAUAUCAUGGCGAGUCCAUGGUUAGUCUGACAGAGGAACAAGAGAGAGCUCUUCAGUUUCUCACCUCCCUCCGUCGACUUAUUCUGUGCGGUUACCAGAAUCUGGAGUCACUUCCUGCGAAUCUACGAAACCUUGAUUCCCUUGAGGAGUUAUGUAUCUAUGAUUGUCCGAACAUACUAAGGCGGCCAGAGAUGGGCCUUCCGCCGUCUCUUCGUCGCCUUCGUUUAAGUGGCUGCAGCGAGGAGCUAAGUAUGCAAUGCAGAAUGGCAGAAACGGAGAAGCUCAGUGUCCAGUUUGUUUCUUCUAUUAUGGUGCCUAUCAAGUUGCAGGGACCAGGUGCGAACCAUUCUGGGUAUUUUUGGCGAUAUACAAUUCCAGGGUCGGAUGUACUGUAGCAGAAACCGGUGACUAUUGGCAAAACCUAUUUGCUAAAUUGCUUCUAUGUAGGAGUAGAAGAUAUCUUUAUCUUUUAGAAAUAGCUAGCAGAAUUGUAUUGGACAUACAACUCUUAGAUUUUCUCUCUAUAGAUAUUAUUAUUCCGUAUACAAUAGAUUUUUACCAGUAUUGUAUUUGAUGUGUAACUCAGAAGUAUGCA